AUGCUAUGUGGGAUUAUCUCAAUUCCAUCAAAUAUAAUCAAUGAUGCCGAAAUUUUUGUUAAUUUUGACGAGGAAAUAGCAAAAUCAUAUUUAUCUUUAUUAAAUUUUGAGACAAAUCGAGUACAUCAGCUAGGAAAUGAUCUCAUAUAUGCACAUGACUUAUAUAUUGCUGUCGGAGAGUUCGGAAUUAAUUGUCUUCAUCUUUCUUGGAAAGAAUUGCAUCAGAGAAUUUAUAAAUUGAAUAAUCUCGAGAAAAUAGUCCCUAAUAAACAUGUCUUUAUUAAUAAAGAAUAUAACAACUGGGGCGCUGUAGACAAUUUUGAUGAAAUGUAUUCUUAUGCAAAAAAUCAAUUUCCUCAGUAUGAAUUUCGUCGUAUUCGAGAUGAUUACGUAUUAAACGUAAAUAAAACAGCUAAGUUAUAUGCGUCUAUUAAAGUGCUAGUGACAGCUUCUGGCUCUUUGGCAUUUAACGAUCUCUUUCUUCAUGAAGGCUGCGGUGUAUUGCUACUAAGUAAAGGACAAUGCGACACACCUGCUAUAUCAACUGGAAUCCAUCUUGGACUAUGGGUUUACGCUCUAAGUUCUAACAAAAAAUAUUCAAUAAGAGAUGGAGUUCCAUUAGAAAGAUUCCAAGCUGCGUUUCAUGAUAUAAUGCAUGCAGUUUAUAAUAAAAGUUGGCCAAAAGAUAUAAGAUCAAGAACACGCCCUUUUAUUUCUAAUAAUAUAGACCUUGACAUUAUAAGAAAGAUGGAAAAAUACAAAUUAGAGGAUUCAUUAACACCACGUUAUCUUAACUAUGGUGACAAAUCCUUCAAAAUUAUGAAAUUCGCACAAAUCUAA